ACAGUGUUGUCCUUCACGUGUUACAUUGCUUCACUUCAUGGAAAACGAAACAAUGUUGAUUGGCAGCUAGUUUGUUUUUUUUUUUCUUCGUUUUGAAAGGCGCCCGAUUUUUCGCCAUGUCCUUAAAGAAUGGCGCCUUUUUGCUGUGUUUGUCUCGUUUACGGGCGAUCUCUCUCCAUGCUGCCGGCGUGUUACAGCAGUCGAGUGUGCGGUCAGCCGCUGCAGCGUGCCGGGGUUCGCUCGGUUCUGCUGUCAUAGCUCAAGCCCGGCACUCAUCCUCCAACAGCUCCGCCAAGCCGCCCGAUACUUCUCUCUUCGUCCCCCUGCAGAUUAAAGCGCCUAGCAGUUUCGAGGGAGUAGUGGGAGCGGAGCUCACCAAGCCAUUAGAUAAAGGUGAAGUUCUAAAAAUCCUUAACAAAUUCUACAAACGGAAGGAAAUGCAGAAACUGGCAUCUGACUAUGGCUUAGAUGCUCGUCUGUUCCACCAAGCAUUUAUCAGCUUUAGAAAAUAUGUCUUAGAGUUGGAAUCCAUUGAUGCAGACCUCCAUAUAGUCCUAAACGAUAUCUGCUGUGGUGCAGGCCAUCAAGAUGAUCUUUUCCCCUAUUUUAUGCGGCAUGCAAAACAAAUCUUUCCAAUGCUAGAAUGCAUGGAUGAUCUUCGUAAAAUUAGUGACUUGAGGUUACCAGCUAAUUGGUAUCCAGAAGCCAGAGCAAUUUUUCGCAAGAUUAUUUUUCACGCUGGGCCAACAAACAGUGGCAAGACACAUCAUGCUAUUCAGAGAUUUUUAACUGCCAAGUCUGGAGUCUAUUGUGGUCCACUGAAGCUUCUGGCGCAUGAGAUAUUUGAGAAGAGCAGCAGUUCUGGUGUACCAUGCGAUUUAGUGACAGGGGAGGAGCGGAUAUUUGUUGACCCAGAAGGAAGACCAUCCAACCAUGUGGCUUGCACUAUUGAAAUGUGCAGUGUCAACACUCCUUAUGAAGUUGCUGUUGUUGAUGAAAUCCAGAUGAUCAAGGAUCCUUCCAGAGGAUGGGCUUGGACAAGAGCUCUAUUAGGCCUGUGUGCUGAAGAGAUUCAUGUUUGUGGUGAAACUGCAGCUGUCAAUUUCAUUACAGAACUUAUGUAUUCUACAGGAGAAGAAUUAGAGGUUAGAAACUACAAAAGACUAACUCCAAUUUCAAUCUUGGAUCAUGCUGUGGAGUCAUUGGAUAACUUGCACCCAGGAGACUGUAUUGUCUGCUUUAAUAAAAAUGACAUUUACUCAAUAAGCAGACAGAUCGAGGCUCGAGGACUGGAGUGUGCUGUAAUAUAUGGCAGUUUACCGCCAGGAACUAAAUUGGACCAGGCAAAGAAAUUCAAUGAUCCAAGCGACCCCUGCAAGAUUCUUGUUGCUACUGAUGCAAUAGGAAUGGGACUGAACCUGAGCAUCAAAAGAAUCAUUUUUAAUUCUUUGGUGAAACCAUCUGUUAAUGAGAAAGGAGAGAAAGAAAUGGACACCAUCACCACCUCACAGGCCCUGCAGAUUGCAGGCAGAGCUGGUCGGUUUGGUUCCAGCUUUCAGGAUGGUGAGGUCACUACUAUGCACCGGGAUGACUUGCCAGUUCUUCGUGAGAUUCUAAAUCGGCCUGUUGACCCUGUUGAGAUUGCAGGCCUGCACCCCACAGCCGAACAGAUUGAAAUGUUUGCCUACCACCUCCCAGAGGCGACCCUGUCCAAUCUUAUUGAUAUUUUUGUUAGCUUGUCACAAGUCGAUGGCCUCUACUUUGUGUGCAAUGUAGAAGACUUCAAGUUCCUAGCAGACAUGAUUCAGCACAUUCCUCUAAACCUGAGAUCUCGAUAUGUGUUCUGCACAGCACCCAUUAAUAAAAAGCAGCCAUUCGUCUGCACAUCUUUUUUAAAGUUUGCCAGGCAGUUCAGUCGUGAUGAGCCUCUGACAUUUGAUUGGGUGUGCCGGCACAUUGGCUGGCCUGUUGCCACACCCAAGAACAUUAAAGACCUAGUGCACCUGGAAGCAGUUCAUGAUGUACUUGACCUUUACCUCUGGCUAAGUUACCGUUUUAUGGACAUGUUCCCAGAUGCCAACCUCAUCCGAGACAUACAGAAAGAGCUGGAUAGCAUCAUCCAGCUUGGCGUGCACAACAUCACCCAUCUUAUCCGAGCCUCUGAAACGAGCACCGCCUCUGAGACUACCUCUGAACUGGACGAUGACAUCCUUGUAUGCAAGGCUUUUGUUAAGGAUAAGAUAUUCCAGUCAGAAAGGCUGUCCCAGGACAAAGCAGAUCUCUUGAGUCAGAAACAAGGGCACAGGAGAGUUCGUGGUUCCAAGGCCCUGGGUUUCAGGCCCACUACUGACAACUCUGAGAACAAUGAUGGCUUGCUGAGCUCACGCUUAGUGCAGCAAGGGCUGCUCACUGCAAACCUGUUGGAGCAGCUGCAGAAGGAGUGGUCAGCUGCCCAGGAGGAACCCUCAGGGAACAAUCAAACAGUUAAGGUGAAAGGGAAGAAGAAAAAGAAAUAACCGAUCACUGCAGUUCAGAGAUUUUAUAGUCCAUUUAACACUGUCCGCCAGAAGAAUUAUUUUUAUAGCAAUCAUAGGUAAAGCUUUUCAUAUUUGGUGUUGAAAAGACAAACUAAUAAACCUCACUGAUCAGCUUUACUUGUUUUUUUUUUUAAUGCUUAAUUUCAGUGAGCACUUGGAGGCAUUUUAAUUCACUAUAGAAGAGCUUGACUUUUCCUGGUUAAUUAUUUUCCACCCUGGCCUUUUCAGCUCUCAUCACACAGUGCAGAAGGUGAGCAUUUUAUAAGAAUCACCAAAAAUUUUGUUUUGUUGUUUUUUUAUUUCAUGCAAUGUCUGAAUGCUUGCGCCCUCUUUAAAUACUAGAGCAAUAUGUUCAGCAUCCCAAAAAAUGACCACCCAGACUAUAGUGAGCGAUAAUGUUUAAUUAACACUGGUAAUCUUGGGGAAAUUUUCUCAAAAGAAGAAAAAUAUGAAAGAUUUGAUAACUUUACAUCAGGUGGAAUCUUUUCAUAGUUUAUUCUGAUGAAUCACUGCAGAUUUUUUUUCUGAGCCAAAUACUUAGUACUUCAGUGAUGGAUGUCAUCUUCAGUUAGCAGCUGCUAUAGCUUUACUAUUUGUUUAUCAGCCUUAGACAUACAUAAACAAAACCGCAGUGUGUGACUGUGAAUACCUGUGAAAAGACGACACAUGUUAGACUCUCCCCUCAAACCUUAAUCAGGGUAGUCAUUUAUGGAGGUCCUGAGUGUACAGUGCCUACUCAGGCCCCUUCUCUUUUUUUACAUCUUGUUUUAUUAUACUGUAGCCUUCUGCUGAAAUCAUUUAAAUUGAUGUGUUUUUUUUAACCACAUCAAGCAAUGCUCAAUAUCCCAGAAUGAUAAAGUGAAAACAGGAUUUAAGAAAGUUUUGCAAAUAUAUUAAAAAUAAAAAAGUGAAAUGUCA